UCGCUGGCAGCGCUCUCAAGCAUCACCUACAAAACCUGCAAAGUCGAGAUCGAAAUUUGCGCUCUUGUAACCUUUGAGGCCGAUGAAAAGCCGAUUGCAGCAGCAUACAAUCUUCUUGAGUCUGUGAAGCCUGCCUACUAGUGCAUCAAGACCACCGGCGCCACAGCUACCGUCUGUUUCGAGCAACACUACGAUUGCCUUGGCGCGGAUUUAAUGAGCAUGCUAGAUGCUAGAUACCUGGGUAUAGAGGUACAUGAUCCAUCGUUCAUCACCGAAUGCGACGCCAUCUUCACCCCCCAAGCUGUGGGACCGGAAGGCGAAGCCAAAGUUAUCACACUCUAGUGACGAAAAGACGCGCUCCUGGCAGCACGACAUAUUUGCUAGGGUGGCUAAUGGUUGCUGCUGCAACGGGUGCACCCGCAGGGGUUCGUGUGCCGGCGGUCACCUUCGUGCGCCAUUGAGAUUGGACGAUGACGAGGGAGGGAACGUGGAGCUGGCGCAGGAUGAUAAAAUAUCACGACAUGAAAAAACAAUCAGGAGAAGACAGGAGAGAGAGGCAAAGUUAAAUGCUGAAGGAGAAGAUGCUGAAUCAACAGCUCCUUCUGAUUCCGACUUGGAUCCAGAUGAAGUUUCGCUAGACCCCAAGGCGUUGGUUAGGGGUAAGGAUGACAGGAUCCAAGAACAUUCCGAACCAACGGUCAAAAGGAAAUUUCAGAUGAAUAGAGGGGCAGGGCGUGGUGAGAACUCAAAAGCAGCUGGAGGAUAGAAUGGUACAAAUUUAUCUGCUUCGUCCCAACGCAGCAGUCAAGUCGACAAUCCGACUAAGUAGACGGUUGGAUAGAUGAUUUAUUGCGGGUGGGUUUAUACUA